CUCUCCCAGCUGCUGCGCGAGCAUAAACUUGGUUUCCUACUUUCCUUAGCUAGAAGUAGAAAUUAUAAUCUUUCUAUAGAAGAAGGUAUGGAGGUGGAGAUGCUGAGUGAGUAUGGCGGCGAUGGGGUGGCGGAGGAGCAGGGGUGGGAGACGCCGAGGAGGGAGGAGUGCCGCAUCCCAGUGGUGCCGCCGUGUCCACCGCCACCGCCGAGGAAGAAAGCAGCGGAGCUACUGAAGGCGGCGCGGCGGGAGCCGCCCAAGGGCGGGUACUUCCAGCCGCCGGACAUCGAGUCCCUCUUCAUGCUCGCGCCGCUGCGGAGGCAGUACAACGCCGCCUCCACCUGCGUGUAAUCGAUCAGUCAUUCCUCUGCAGUACAAGUAGGAGGACACCUGCUGCGCCUAGUUAGUAGUGGUUGCAGGGAAUACGGAUGUCGCUUGCACAUCUUGUUUUGGUUUUUGAGAGAGAAGGAUGUGCGUUGUGCAUCUUAGGUUGUUCAUCUUUGUUUUGGUUCCAUGCAUGAUGUAAAAUUGUAUCCACUAUCCAGCAGACUACAAAAACUGCAUGUGUCCCUGCUAGGCAUAUUCGGGGGAUUAGGAUUAGGGAAGUUCGAGAGUGUAGCUGUAGUGUGUGCCAUGUUUGUAAAUGUUGUCGCAAGUGGGAAAAAAAUAUGUUCUCCCGAUCGGCAAGACUAUAAUUCUUUGUCUCGUUUUUCUUCCA